AUGAAGAUGCACAAGUAUAAGAAUGCUGCGAGGGAUAUUUUGAACCUGAGAAAGGUGGGGUAUAGUUUGGCGGAUGUGUUGAAGAGGGCCGUGUUUUUUGUUCCAACAGUGUCGGACAAGCGACAAGCGAAAACCUUUGUCCUCUGUCGUUUAUUCAAGAGAGUCAAGAGACCUAACAAUAUUAAUGGUAGCAAAGGUCGAAAGCGAAAGUACUCUACCAAAGCUGGACCUGCGAAGUCUAAACCGGCUGCUCGUGCUUCAGUAUCUCCACCAUCAGUUAAUUAUAAUGAGGGAGUUGACAAUCAUGUCACAAGAUGCUGUUCUGAUGGAGCGACAACAUCUUCAGUUUCUCCAGCACCAGCAUCAUCAGUUAAUGAGGAAGGUGAUCACAAUCAUGUCACAACAUUUUAUCCGACAAAAACUUUUGACGUAACGACAUCAAACACUAAAGCAUUCAGUACUGAGUUUAACCACAUUAGUGAAAAAGCGUCCACUAAAAAAGAUCAGUUGGCCGAUGGAACGGCUGAUGACGAUCAUGAGGCGGUAGACUCAACAAUGUCCGGUGUCCCACCAGAGCUACUAGAUAUAGAUUGGAGCAAUCUCUUCUACUCGCCGAUGCAUCCUUUUUGCAUGCCUUUCCCUGUCGCUGAUAAUUCAAACUACCGUGAUGAUGAGGUGCCUUAUCAAUAUGGCACGAAUGAUGCAGCCGCCUUUACCACUGAGUUAUGGGGUCCAAUGCCUAAUUAUCCGGAUGCGUUCCUUCAUAAUGAAUCAAUGAUCCCAGCAGCCAAGAGAAUCUUCCUUGAGCGGAACCGGACAAUCUAAAGCCUUUGAAGUGCCACGUAAUAAGCUCCUACUUAACCGGCGUUCUGAAUAUAACAAGACGUUCAAGUUAUUAGAGUUGAAAUUCCUCUUCCUUCCCAGAGGAUAUAGACGGUCACUCUCCCUGAUCGAUCCGCGAGGCUGAGAAAUUAAUGGAGUUCUUCCACAAGGUGUUCGGGACAGUCACUCUCCCUCUCUUUCUCUGAGAUUGAUUUGUGAGGCCGAGGAUGGAGCUCUUCCACAAGGUGUUUGGUGCUCUCGCUAUCCAUCUCAGAGAUGUGAUGUACAAUGAAGUGAUAAAUAAUGGAAUAUUGAGGAAAUAUUUCCUCUUUAUGAA